AUGCGAUACUCAACAAAAACAUUGUUUCCUAGCGACAUCUGGAUGAUCGGGCAGCAGAAGGUCGAGAACAAGAAAGCCAAGCCUCAGCCUCAGGAGUUUGUCGAUACCGCCAGAGCCGCAACUUCGAACACGAUCGUCAUGGCCGAUUAUCUGAUCAAGGCCCAGAAAAAGCAACAAAAAGCCAAAUCUGAGUCAUUCCGUCUCCUCAUGGACCAUCUCGGCUUUUUCCACGAUGGCCUCAGCUUCUGGGCCAAUCAAUUGAGGAAAAAGCCUGGUCGGAUCGACUUCCAAGGCGAGUUAACCAGACUAGAGGACUUGAGGAUAGACUUGAGAACGCUGAGGAGAAAAAUCCGAAUCGUCAAGCCGGGAUUCAAGCUGUGGAGAAAGAAAUGGGACCUUCCAACCGUCUCGCCAAUAGUGCUGAUUCUUGACAUGGAGCUUCAGGCCUUCAAGUCAGCUCCAAAAACUCUUGAUGAAGUUGAAAGCGAAAUACUUCAAUGCUUGGUGCUGGGACCGUGCGACGAAAUACCCGACCAGGCAGGUACAGGUCUUCCUGCCAUCGUCGCGGUAUGUAUUAGUGGUGAGCAAGUCAUAUGGGGGGAGUGCAAAGCGCGAUGGUGGCCGUUUUGUGUCGUCGACUCUACCUUCGGCGAAAUGCGACUUGGCCGACUUCCGGACCACGAGGAUGCUUUACAGCAGCGGACCAUAGAGUUUCAGGACGCCUGGGGCAAGGCCAAGGGCAACAUGGAAAAGAUGGAUGAACUCGUCAAAAACCUUGAACCAUUCGAACACGAGGAGCAGCUGAGAGCGUAUCAUCUCUGCUUUGAUGGUCGAACGAGCAUGUUGAAUCGAUGUCCUCCGUGUCUCAAGUGCUCUUACGUGUAUAGGUGGGGUGGGGAGGAAAAGGUGGAAAAGGCAAUCCAGAAAGGGAAGUUUAAUCGGGGCAAGAACUGUGCUGAAGACGACGUCCAUUUGCGCCUUGUCUCACAACUGGCCGAGGACGCGCAGGAUGAUUGA